AUGCCUAAUGGGCCUCUUGAUAGACAUAUCUUCUCAAAAGUAGAUAGAGGUACGACGUCAUUCAGUUGGACAAAACUUCAUGAGAUUGCUUUAGCAACAGCUUGUAGGAUUGAGUAUCUUCUUGCGGGCUGUGAUGUGUGCAUUCUUCAUUUCGACAUCAAGCCUCAUAAUAUAUUACUAGACCACAAUUUUCACCCAAAAGUCUCGGAUUUCGGACUUGCAAAAUUUUAUCCAAAGGAAAAUGAUUUUGUGUCUGUUAGUGCUACAAGAGGAACUAUAGGGUACAUAGCUCCUCAGUUAGUUUCAAGGAAUUUUGGACCCAUCUCAUGCAAGUCCGAUGUUUAUAGUUUUGGGAUGUUGUUACAGGAAAUGGUCGGAGGAAGAAGGGACUCUGAUAAGAGGACAGCUCGUUCGAGCAGAGCAUACUUCCCGUCGUGGGUAUAUGACGGAAUAAAUUUAGGAGAAGAUUUAGAGCUCCCAAAUGUUUCUGAAAUUGAAGUUGUCAUAGCGAAAAAACUUUGUAUAAUUAGGUUACGGUGCAUUCUAAGUGAAGCCAGUAGAUCGUCCUUCAAUGACCAAAGUUACGGAAAUGUUAGAAGGAAGCGUUGA